AUGGUUUACAGUUCAGAUGCAUUAAUAGCGGUGUCUGAUGCAAUACUAAAUUCGUUUACUGAAUUAAACAAGUUAGAAUACAGCAAAAAAGGACGCGUUUACCGUUAUGUUAAUAACAAUUUUCAAAGAAUAAGAGAAGAAGACAAGCAUCUUGUGAUUUAUCCCCAAGAUAUAUCUAUGAAUGUAGGACAGGCAUCUGCAUUCAAUAUACUUCGAAAUAUAAAUGAUGGACAAAUAUUAAAUGAUUUCCCUGAUUUUUGUUGCAGUAUACUUGGAGUAGCUCAGCAAUUAGAAGCUAACAAAUGGUAUGAAAUUGAAAAUUCAAGUGUAAUACACUACAAUAAUUGUAAAUUCGAUCCCUUGGAUUGUAAAGCUGAAUGUGAUGAAUGGUUAAGUUAUCAUCCUAUCGCAGAGCAACAUAUUUUAACUGGAAUUGAUUUAUUAUAUUGUGCUAAAUUGAAUUUUUUACAUACAGAUCAUCAUAUUGGUACAAAAAUUGAAGGUUAUUAUAUGAAACAUUACUUAUCAAGAUAUGGUAACAGUCUUGAGGAUCAAGAAAAUGACGAACACCAUAAUAAUGGUUUAGACAUUUUCAAUUCACCAGAUAUAUUAGUAGCAUUGAAGAGUUUUGUUCAUUGGGGAAAUAUAAAAGGUAUACUAUAUAAAUUAGCAGUACCUAAUAUCAAUAUUCUGUCCGAACUCAAAGAGAACUUUGAAGAUUUCCCUGCGCCAUCAGAGGAGUUAAAAUUAGCUGUUUAUGAUAGAUAUCCAAGUGGUACUUCAAAGUAUUCUCUUAUUAGAAAGCUGAUUGACAUAUUAGGUGAUUGGGAAUUUUCAAAACUAUUACCUUUUCCUAGUGAUAUUGAAUUAUCAUGGUUAUACGAAUUAUGUCACGAUAUAGAAAAGAAUCCACUUAAGUAUCAUUUAAGAUCAAAAUCUAAGGAACUUUAUGUUGAUCCAAUCAAUUUAUUAGAAUUAUCUCAAUUAUAUCAAUACAAAUGUCAAGUAUUAUUAAAUCUUAUCUCAUUGAUUUUCAACGUAUUUAAAUCAUUAGAUAUUGAUGGUGACUUUUUAUUAAAUAACUCAAAGAUUCCCAAAUUCAAUGAAAAUCUAAUUCAACCAAAUUUAAACUAUUAUAACAUUUUAACUAAUAUUAGAGAUUUAAUUCAAGAUUACACUUCCAAAAGUUGGACUCCAGACGAUAUAAUUUUAAGACUUCAGCAUAAUAACGACUCAUUAACCGAUUAUACGUGUCUUUUUGAUAAGGUCAUGGCAAUGAGAGAAAAGUUCAUUGAAGAUUACGAGUAG